AUGCGCGCUGCGCAAAAGAUUUCCCUUAGUGAGGAGUGGUGGCGCCUGAAAUCGCUCAGAUCUCACAAGGAUCGGUUGCAGAACACAACCAAUUAUCAGAAGCUUGACAAGUCGCAGUCGUUAUCAGGAAACAUUGGUGCCCAGAAUAAUGCUUUGCUUCUGGAAGACGGGUUACGAAAUUUGAUGAGGAGGAACGACUUGGACACGCUGUUCGACAACGGCCUCGAUGACGACGCUCAAGAUCAAGUCUUCGCAUCUCUAACUUCGAUAUGUCUGGUUCUCGAGAGCAUCGUUGACACCAAUCUAUGGACCGAACCACCAUCUGAGAGCGGCAGCAAAUAUCCCAGAAUCGAUCGACUGUUACAAGAGUUGCGCAGCACUGAAUGGCGGUUCCACAUGGCAUCCGGUUCCCGCGAACGAAAGCUGUUCGUGACCACGGAUCCCAAAGUUAUAAAGGAACAGAUAGACAGUUUCAACACCUUCUGUAGCCGGCUCACACAACCAGAGACAUGGGACUUUGAGGGUUCUAGUACACAGCAAGUAGAAGUUGAGCAACCUCGUGGAUCGCGUAGUCAUCUGCAGAAGGGCAUCAACACUUUGCAAACACUGUUAAGCUGGCUUGUCAACAUUAGGAAUACAGGUUGUAGUGGAUGUCACGAAGCUCUACUUCAGCUACCAGAAUGGGAUAAACCUACAUCUUGCGAGCGUUUUCGAGAACAACAUCUGGAUCUAUAUCUCACUAGCUGCACAUCAUCGGAAUGGCGUGAGAGCCAUUUGCAUGAACUAGCUGAUCGGAAUCACGUUGACUGGUAUCCAGCUGAAAGCUUCUGUGACGAGAUCAAAGAUCUCGAAAAUCGCGACCGACUCACUCUUGCAACUUCCCAGAGCAACCUCUAUGUCUAUGCUAAACCAGAUGGAGACCCAUAUGGAGACCUGAAUUCUACAGCUUCAACAAAGGGGAAGCCGUCGAGAACCUUGAAGGAAUUGCUUGAAAGAGGUGCUUUCUCAGGCCCAGAUCCCUGGCGGCCGUGGUUGCAAAAGUUCGAACAGACAGAGAAACGCACCCUAGCUUCUACACUUGUCCUAGGCUCUUUGAUCACUCUUGGAGAUGCUCACUUGAUCAAGUUCUGGGAUCCAGACUCUAUCUAUUUCCUCUCAAACUCGGAUGGGAGAUACAUACACGAUCUACCUUACGCCCGAUGUUCGGCUCUACCAAUUGAGACCACAGAAUCUAGUGCUAAUGACAAGAAUGAAUGCGAAUCAAGGUUCGCUUUCCUUGCUAGACUUCUGAUGGAAAUCGAAUGUGGCGCCUCGCUUGAGUACUUGCACAUGAACAAUGACGGCGCCGACAAUUUCGGGGAUUACAUCUACGAUCAACGCUUAGCAGACUUGAGCGAAUCGAAACGAUCGUAUCUGAAAGCGGUUCAGAUGUGCUUCAGGUUCCAACUCAAUUGCACGAGAGAAUACAAACGUAUGUCCGCCCAGGGGCAUCAAGGCGGGCAAGCGGCUGCGACGAGAAACAUCAUACACAGUAUUGUGCAACAGAUCCAGAAGGCUGUCGGCAAGAAACUAGAUGCGAGAAGGACACUGGAUCGAGGCCUUGAGCGGCCAGCUACAAGUUACUCUCAUUGUCCUUCGGUGUUAUCCCAACCAGAUCGACUCAGCAUAUCUAAUGGCUCGCGUGUCUUCUCACCGGCAACAGUUGUAUCACCUGUGAUCAGCGAUAUAGUUAUCCAGAAAGAGCUGCAGACCAGCACGAAAAAGCAGGUCAGAUUUGAUGAGCAAAACGAUAAUGGAGAAGGAAUAGUCAACACAAUCUCAGACGCUCUGGUGGACAGUCCAACCACAGCAGAUCAUUGUGAGCUCUUCGGAAAAACGAAUGCCCAAGAAUACCCGAAAGAGCUCUGUCAGUCCGCCAGGGAAUGGAAUAGAGAAUUCAAAAAGCUGCGGAUGAAGAAAACAAGCCUUCAGUCUGAGUCAAGGAUCAAAGUUGCGAUACUGGAUACUGGAGCAGAUAUCACCAAUCCCGACAUUAGAGGCAACGUCUGUGAUCACAAGUCUUUCAUUGACGAUGAUGCGAUGGUAGAUCGUUCCGGUCAUGGCACUCAUAUAGCCGGUAUCAUCCUUGAUCUUACAACAAACGUCGAUCUCUAUAUUGGGAAAGUCAUCGAAUCCCGCGAAAGUGAAGAUAGACGUCCCAUUAUCCAGGCACUUGAACAUGCGCGCAAGACAUGGAAAGUGGACAUGAUCUCACUCUCCCUUGGUUUCCGCAUUUCUAGUAAUCCGGAUUUAAUGCAGGAAGCAAUUGACGCUUGUAUUAAGGCUGAUAUCAUAGUCUUUGCAUCGGCUUCGAAUGAUGCUGGAAACAAACCACGUACAUACCCUGGCGACUACGACGGCGUUCUCUGCAUCCACUCUGCUACUGGUUCAGGCAACUCUUCAUCCUUUAACCCCUCGCCCGUUGACUUGGGACAUAACUUCAGCUUCGUUGGAGAUUGCGUUAAAUCUUGUUGGCCAACGGCUAGACAAGAUUUCGACAACCAGGAGCCGGGUCAGAAGUACCUUUCUGGCACGUCGAUCGCAACGCCAGUGGCCGUGUCCGUCGCCGUAUUCGUGAUUAACUACAUUCGAAAAAAUCUGCCAGAACACCGCUGGAACAUCAAACCUUGCUCUCCAGUAGGCAUGCGUAAGAUCUUCGAAGUAAUAGCUCACAAAAGAGAUGGCUAUGACUGGGUGAGUCCAGGAUAUCACUUUACAGGAGACGAAAACCGGGAGGAGGAGAUCAAAGCACGACUUAAAGCCGCCCUCCGAGCUUAUGUUCCCAGGGCAGUAUGUAGUAUACAGGUGAAGCCAGAAGCCUGA